AUGACGAUACUGUUCGUCCAACAUUCACUUACCGGUGAGAAUGCCCCUUUGUUAUCGGACAAAUCUCCUGUUCAGGUGACACCAUCACUGCUUGGAUUGCCUGACGGGAAGGGCAAGUCGAUCAUACUGGUGUUCAUCGUUAGAGUGGCCGAAAUCUGGCAGCGUUUUUCGGAGACAAUUCAAUUAGCGCUUCUGGACUUUGAAACCGCUAUCGACUCUCCUCAUCGAGGCCGUCUUGUCAAUCAGCUCUGCGCCGAUGGAGUAACAGCAAAGUUCGUUCGCUUGCUUGAUGACAUGAAUCAACGAACAACUACUGCAGUUCGAACACCAGCCGGCUGUACAGCACCGUUUGAGGUGGUAACUGUGGUAAGUCAAAGAGCAGCAGCAGGACUAUUCCUGUUCAAUUUCGCCUUCGGCGAUAUUAUGCGAACAACAGUAGAUCAGUGUCCUGUCGAUAUCAUCCUAGCACCAUCAGGACGCCCCUUGACCGAUCUCGAGUACGGUGACGAUGUUGUUAUAUUCGCGGAAAUUAGUAUGAAACUUCAAAAUGUCAACCUUGUAUGGAAGCUAACUGUAGCCUAA